CUUUGCAUUCUCUGUUCUUAGCUACCAUUCAACUCUUCAAGCCAUGGCUGGAGGUUUUAGAGGGGGAAGAGACAAGCAAACAGCGCUGCUAUCCAUGGCUGGAAAGUGACUCCUCCAUUGCUUCAACUAUGGUGGAAUUGUUUGCAUCCAGCGUAGCCGUUUUACACAAAGGUUUUAAAGAUAAGGUGCUGCCAAGCGACCCCGGAAUCCUUUGGCUUCUUGUGAUGCACUAUUGUGAGUCUUACACAGCGCCCAAAAUGCCGGAGCACAUCCUGCACAUAUUCCAUACGGAAUUGGACCGCCUGCCCUGGAAGGAGGUUCAUCCAGAUCAGCACCUCAUGGAGAAAUUCUUUAAGGUAGAAAGAGGCAGCCCCAAGAGUUGUUUCCUGUUCCUGGGCUCAGUGCUGUGCGAAGUCAACUGGGUCAGUGUCCUGGCUGACGCCUGGGAUCCCACCCCUCCCCCGGACACCCACAGCCUCAUCGUGUGCCUGCUUUAUAUGGUGAUCCUGCUGGCCAAAGAGGAAGAGCUGAUCAGCAAAGAG